GUGUCCGGGGGUUUGAUUGUCCGUGUGCGCGCGGCGCGGCUGGCGGAAUGGCCGAGGGAGCUGAUUUGAUCGACAUUUACGCGGAUGAAGAGUUUAAUCAGGAGACUGAUUAUGCAGCAAAUGAUCAAGUUGAUCUUUAUGACGAUGUAAUAACAGCUGCUGACAGUAAUAACCAUGAAGAUCAAAGUUUUGAUGAAACAUUACCACGGACUCCCGGUGAACCACAGAAAACUGACAGUAACACCAGGCCAACCAUAGUCUACACAUAUGGAGGCAAACGGCAAGCUGUGUAUGUGGGAAAUCUGACAUGGUGGACGACAGACCAGGAUGUGGCUGAUGCUGUCCAUUCAGUGGGUGUGCAGGAUCUGCUGGAAAUCAAGUUCUAUGAAAACAGGGCUAAUGGGCAGUCUAAAGGGUUUGCUGAAGUAUAUCUGGGCUCUGAAAACUCCGUCCGAUGCGUCAUGGAGCUACUUCCAAAAAGAGAACUUCAUGGACAGAGACCAGAGGUCAUGCCUUGCAACAAACAGAAUCUCAACCAGUUUGAAGCACAAUCCAAGAAAAGUAAAUCUUUGGAAAUUCUACACUACAUUAGAUCUUCAUUAACUUCUUUUCAGACCUGUAUGUUUCUGAUGCAGAGUAAUACCUGUACGAGUGGAAUGGUAGAAAACUGUUUCAUGUCCAGUCAUAUUGGAGAUUACUCUGGUCCCAUGCUAGUAAGCCAGUUGCUAACACUGGCUUUUUGUGGCACAAUAUGUUUCCAUUUGGUUAUUCUAGCACAUGCAAAAUUAAAUGGAAGUAUUGUCAUUAGAUAA